AUGAAGAAGUCGCGAUCAUUUGGCACUGGUACCAGUGCGUUGCUGGUACUGGGUUGUCUCGCACUAGCACCCUGUGUAAUUGAGGCCCGUCGCAUAGUGUCUGGAAGGGCGUUUGAUACAUUCCGUCUACCGAACAGUACCGUUCCGACGCACUACACCCUGCGCUUAGAUACGGACGUACACCAAGGCAUCUUCGACUACACGGGAAAUGUGCAGAUCAGGCUUAAUGUUGUGGAAGCGACCGACCAGAUAGUGCUGCACAGCUCGCGCAGUGUGAUCGAGAAUCUCCAGCUUCGAAACAGCGCCGGGUUGAAGGUAGCGGUCAAGAACUACGAGCACGAUGAGGAGAAGGAAUUUUUAGUGAUCAACCUCGCUUCGGCGUUGCCACCGAACAGCGGAACCUACACGCUCGAGAUAGAUUUUACCAACAGCAUCGAACGCAACGAUCAGGCCGGUUUCUACCGGUCGUCCUACGAAGACGACGAAGGUGUUACACGAUACCUCGGACUCACGCAGUUUGAGUCGGUCGAUGCCAGAACAUCGUUCCCGUGCUACGACGAACCGGGCAUAAAAACCACCUAUGACAUUAUCAUCUCAUGCGGUAUCGACUAUCAUGCCCGUUCCAAUGCGCCGCUUCUCGGCAUUCAACUGCUGCCUGGGGGUAAAAAGCUAUCCACCUUCGCUACUACGCCGCGUAUGCAGAGCUACCUUGUGGCCUGGUUAGUGUCCGACUUUGUGUACGAACGUGAAGUGUUGUCCCAGCCGCAGUUGGCCGUUGCCACAUGGUCCAAGCCGUCGUCGGCCCAUCUACUUUCCUAUUCGGUAGACGCAUCAGUGCGGUUCAUCCGGGCCAUGGAAGAGUACUUCGGUGAGCUGUACACCAUGUCAAAGAUUGACAACGUAGCGAUCAAGGACUCUGACUACAGCGCAGGUGCCAUGGAGAACUGGGGCCUAGUGACGUACCGAGAGUCUGCGAUAUUCUACGAACCGGAACAAGGCGAACAGCGCCAGAUCGGCGUUGUAACGAUCGUGGGGCACGAAUUCACGCAUCAGUUUUUCGGUAACCUGCUGGCACCGAAGUGGUGGAGCUACCUGUGGCUUAAUGAAGGUUUCGCACGGCUCUAUCAGUACUAUGUUGGAGAAAUCAGCCAUCCAGAGUUGAACCUUCGCGAGCGAUUCGUAACCUCACCGCUGCAGACUGCAUUCAGGGCUGAUGGUUCAGCAACUAUUCGCCCCAUGACGUACUACACGGAAACGCGCCAAACCAUUUCGCGAUUGUUCGAUAGCAUUGCGUACGAUAAAUCCGCCAGUGUGCUACGUAUGAUGAACUACGCACUGGGCGAGCGAACCUUCCAGAAAGGUCUCCGUUACUACGUCCAACAGAACAAAGCCAAUGGUGUGGUAGAUGAGAACAACCUCUUCGCCAGCCUGGAGCAGGCUGCCAAGGAAGACGCAGUUCUGCCCAUCACUCUCAACAUGCACGACAUCUUCCGUUCCUGGACCAACCAGGCCGGCGUUCCGGUGGUGAAGGUGCGUCGCGACGGUGACGAGUACCUCUUCACGCAGGAGCGCUACUACGCUGAACCGCAGGACGAGCCCGCACAUGCCGCCUGGUGGAUCCCGAUCUCGUUCUCAACGCCAACUAACACAGCCUACGAAAAGCUGCCGGCCUUCUGGAUGCCCCCGCACGUGUCUGAGGUUUCCUACACCAUUCCGACCGUGGAAGGCGAAACCGUCUCGUUCAAUCCCCACUCGACGGGUUAUUACCGCAUCGAGUACGACGAAGAAAUGCUUCGCGAAAUUGUCCAGCUGCUCAACAAGGACCAUACGACCUUCCAGCCUGCCGCUCGUGCACGACUUAUCGACGACACGCUGAACAUAGCGCACACCAGAGGAGGCGAUUACGAUGUCGCGUUGCAGCUAAUGAACUACCUGAGCAGCGAAACCGACUACCAACCGUGGAUGGUGGCCCACGAAAACAUUCGGCACAUGCAGGCGUUGCUACGCUCGAACGAAAAGGCAUCCCGGAUGCUUGAGUCCUUCGUGGAGAAGCUGGCCACACCACUUCUAGAGCGGCACGGUGUUGUACGACGGUCGGGCGAAUCCGCCUCGGCGGAAGAACUUCGAUCGGUGGCCAUCGAGCUGGCGUGCAGUGCUAGUGAAACCUGCCAAAACGUUGCCCAAGCCGCUGUCCGUUCUCUAUCGCGAAGCAUCCAGUACCAUUACGGUGCCCCGGACGCUUCGCUGCUCUGCAACGGCCUGCAACAAACGGAUGCUGGAGAGCGUCAGUCCGUUGCUGAACAGAUGUCCCGUGCUCUGCCAGCUGAUAAUCCCUUCGCUAGGCAGUACCUGCAGAAGGCUCUUGGUUGUAUGGGCAGUGACAUGUCGAAGGUACAAUCGUAUGCCAAAUAUCUGUUCGAUCUUGGCGAAACUGAUCGGUCCAAUGCGUUGCAUCAUUUGUUCGUGCAAUCGGAAGUGCCCGCCAGCGAAGUCAUAGAAUCGAUCCGUUCCGAGAUGUCUCUGCGCCAUAGCACCGUAAGCCAUUCCGCAUUGCCAAAAGUGCUGUUGGAUGUGGCCCGUUACGUUACCGAACCGUCCGAGGUGGAAAUGUUGACCUCCGUUGCUAAAUCGUUCGCAUCGUGGAUUGGACCGGAGCUCGAGCAGCGGCUAUCGGACAACCGCAAAUGGAUUGAGCGCAACGCUGAACCACUGACGAAUGCACUUAACCGAUUCCUUAAUGUUUAAAAACAACUCAAUACAUGGAAACCCCUAUUCAAAGCUUAUCUAUUGUGAAAUGAAACAAUAAUA